AUGAACUUGUUUUGGCGUUCUGAAACCAAAAAGCAGAAUGAAGCACCUGGUACGGAUUACACGUCCGGUAGCCCACUCCAAGUUCAAAACAAUGGCCAAUCCAUCAACCGGAACAUAUUCCACGGUUGUCCGCGCAUUUUGGAAAGGAAGUUUGGCGAAUGUUUGCAUCACAGAACACACGUAAUCAGGGAUUUUGUUUCUUCUGGUAAUGCUGGAUUGGGUCCCGUUGAGAUAGUCCAUAUGUCCUACUCGAAUAAACAGGAAAAAGAAGAAUUCGGUGAAUACUUCUAUGUUACUGGAAUCGAAGUUUCCAGUCCUUCAAUACCAGUAGAAUUUCUCAAGCUGUUGAAAUCGGAUCAGCGAAUUUCUAAAAAUAUCUCAAGUGACAUCAUAUCCACUUAUUGCUGUUUCAAUUUCUUCAGUAAUCUGGACAUUCGUAUCAGAAAUAAUGCUGAUGGUACUUUCCAGGCAAAAGCAAUUGACUGUGAUAGGGAAACUACCGACUUGACAAUGACAGAAAAAAUGUGGGAGGAAACAUUCGUUAGUUCCGUUAUCAGAACCAUUAUAAUAAACACCAACCCAAAGUUGAAACCUCCUGGCCUGUUAGAAUGCCCAUUUUACAUCGAGAAAGAUACUGUAACCUCCUGUAAAAAGAUUAUUGAAUUAUUGUGCCGGUUCUUGCCUCGUUCAUUGGAGUGUGGAUGGGAUAGCACCAAAAGUACGCAAAUUACCAUUGUGAAUAACUAUUUAGUGUAUAGCUUAAAAAGUUUUAUUACCAUCACACCUGGCUUGAUAGAUUCUACCAUUGAUUACUUGAAAGGACUUACCAAGGAAGAUCCAAUUCAUAACCUACACUAUAAGGUGGCGAUGAUUGUACUUUUAAAUCAAGUACAAACAAGAGAGCUAGAAAUGGUAACCAUUCUAAAUGAAACUUUGGAUCCACUUUUAUUACUGCUUGAUGAUUUACCACCUAGUGAUGCAAAUUCAGCGCAAUUAAUGAAUUGCAUGAGCGACUUAUUAAAUAUUCAAGCGAACUUUCUGCUAAACAGAGAAGAUUAUGAACUAGCGUUGAGUGUUUCUAAUACAUCGACUGAGUUAGCCUUAGAUUCUUUCGAGUCUUGGUACAGUUUAGCCAAAUGUCACAUCAAGAGGGAAGAGUAUGAUGAGGCGCUUUUUGCAAUAAAUUCAAUGCCUCGUUUGCGGAAAACAGACCAAGUUACGGAAGCACUUUAUGACAAGUCUCUUGCCUCCAACUAUUAUAAAAAACCAUUAAAUGGCAGUCAGGAACACUUCGGCAUAACAUCAACAGAGUUUACCAAUCUUUACGGGACGUUGCGAAAUUGGAAAGAAGAUGAGUUGAAACAGCAAAUAUUCGGAAGAAUUGCGAUGACUAAUGAAAGAAAGGUUGGCUAUACCAAAGAUAUUUGGGAUGACAUUGCCAUAAAGCUGGGCCCCAUUUAUGGUCCGCAAUCGGCCAACUUAAUCAACUUCGUCUCACCUCAAGAGAUCAAGGGUAUAAAAAAUAUGAACUUAAUAGCAAGGAACACGAUAGGCAAACAAUUGGGACAGUUCAAUAGUCGAAUAUAUGGAUUAUUAAUGAAAAUUGUAAACAAGAUUGGUUGGAAUGGACUACUAAACAUCCGAACAAAGAUCUUUAUAAUGGAAACUGAAUUCUACCAGACGCCUGCCAAAAUAACCGACGAAAAUGGUAAUAUACCUAUGGAAGCUCGAAAGAAACGGUUCUGUGAGCGUUGGCUAGAUGAUUUGUUUUUGGAUCUGUACCAAGACCUAAAGUUGAGCAAAAUCAACCUAAACAAUAAAGACGAAAAACACAGCGGAUUAGAGUGGGAACUUUUGGGCCUGACCAUGCUUCGCACUUGGCAUUGGGAGGAUGCGGUAGCCUGUCUCAGAACAAGUAUAGUAGCUCGAUUCGACCCUGUCAGUUGUCAAGAAUUGCUAAGGGUAUACCUGCACCCUCCAGAAGACCUUUGGAACGCCACACUGCUAGACACAGACACAGUAGUAGACCUUCUGGCCAAGAAAAUAUCGUACGACUGCAGAUAUUACAACUACUGCCAGAUUUUCAAUCUGCAAGUACUACACAAACUUUGCGACCAGCUGGGAAUGGAUACAGUGCGCAGCAAGAUUCUCAUUCUAUCCAGCGUCGGAGAUGAAAUGAUGGUCAUGGUCGACACCAUGAUCUCGUGGGUAGGUGACCUACACUAG